AUGAUAGAACGAAACAAACUUUCCGUGACAUCACCGCUGAUCAACAAAAAUAUCGAAAAUUAAUCAACGCUUCCUUCCACGUGUUGAUGGCGUUUCUCUAGAACCCACACCAGAUAACUACCUCAGGCGCCAACAACACCAGAGUAUUUCUGUCUUGCAUCACUUCUUGAUCCAAAUUCCAUUCACAAUCUUCCUCUUAUUAUUUCCAGCCCUUUAACUCUCCUCUCAUUAACAACGCAAACAGGGUUUUACUUUUAGUUUUCCACACUCAAUUUCCAUAAAACCUAAGUUUUUUUUUUCUUCUCAUUCCCAAUAUUUUUCUAGGGUUUCACUUUCAUUUCAUUUCAUUCACAACCAUGGGUGGUGAGUGGCAUGAUUGGCAAUCUCUUCUUCAAUCCAUUUUCAUCGGUCUUAUUUUCUCUUACUUUCUCGCUAAGCUCAUAUCCAUCGUCGUUUCUUUCAACAACGACAAUCUCACCAUCACCCGCAACACUAACAUCGCCGCCACAGAACACCACGACGAUGCUUCCAAACACGACGACGUCGUUUCCGAUACCGGACACCGUUUCGAAACUGCUGAACGUGAGUCGGUCAUGGCGGAGCAAGGUAGCAUCAGAAACGAGAGCGUUGACGGUGGUGAUGAGGAUGACUAUGACGACGAUUGGGAAGGUGUUGAGAGUACUGAAUUGGAUGAAGCUUUCAGCGCCGCUACUGCUUUUGUUGCUGCCGCCGCCGCCGAUCGUCUCUCUCAGAAGGUUUCUAAUGAUAUUCAGCUUCAGCUUUACGGGUUGUAUAAAAUUGCCACUGAAGGUCCGUGUAGCACGCCGCAGCCUUCUCCCCUCAAAAUGACGGCUCGUUCCAAAUGGCAAGCGUGGCAGAAAUUGGGUGCUAUGCCUCCGGAAGAUGCAAUGCAGAAGUAUAUUGACAUUGUGUCAGAGCUAUAUCCUACUUGGCUUGAUGGUGCACCUUUGAGAAGCAAAACCGGCGAUAGUGGGGGCCCUAGUUCAGAGGCCCGGGGACCAAUGGGACCAGUAUUCAGCUCUUUUGUUUAUGAAGAAGAAUGCAGCAGUGAUUCGAAAAUGGAUGCCAUUCACGGAUUUGCUAGAGAGGGAGAUAUGACUAAUCUACUCAAGUGUGUUGAAAAUGGAAUUUCAGUGAAUUUGAAGGACAGUGAGGGCCGGACACCAUUACACUGGGCUGUGGAUCGUGGUCACCUUAACGUCACAGAGCUUCUGCUCAGCAAGAAUGCUGAUGUAAACGCCAAGGAUAAUGAUGGACAAACUCCUCUGCACUACGCAGUAACAUGCGAGAGAGAAGCCAUAGCUGAAUACUUAGUGAAACAUAGUGCAGACAUCAAUUCAAAAGACAAUGAAGGCAGUUCUUCGCGUGACAUCUGUAGUUCCAAGUGGCCGUUUAUGCAGCAUGAGGAAGAAGCAAAAUGAUUGUUUGCUUUGUAUGUUACUACUUUUGACUAGUACAUCCUUGCCCAAAUCCAUUCAGGAUGUUCAGGAUGUAUGUGUCCAUAUAACUCAAUUUUUUGGCCCUUACUCUUGGUAUGUACCCUUUUCACCGUAGUCUACACCUAUGCACCGUUUAGGUAAUGGUUAAAUGAAGUAUAUUAUGUUUUGUUGUUA